UCAUGCUUUUUCCAAAUCUAUUGUCUUCUGACAAUAUUUCUCAUCUUAUCAUCUGUACACAAACACUCUUCUCUCGUAUGAUCCUUUUGCUGUGAAGUUUAAACUUUGAACACAGAUAUAAUACAAGGUUGUAAUGGUGAAGAUAUGUGGAAUUGGAGCUGGGUACGUGGGGGGUCCUACAAUGGCUGUGAUUGCCCUGAAGUGUCCGUCAAUUGAAGUGGCUGUGGUUGACAUAUCUGAGUCUCGCAUAUCAGCCUGGAAUAGCAAGAAACUCCCUUUUUAUGAGCCUGGCCUAGAAGAAGUGGUGAAUCAGUGUAGAGGAAAGAAUCUCCUCUUCAGCACCGAUGUGGAAAAGCACGUUUACGAAGCAGACGUAAUCUUUGUUUCAGUUAACACCCCCACAAAAAUCAAAGGAAUUGGAGCCGGUAAGGCUGCAGACUUAACUUAUUGGGAAAGUGCGGCCAGGAUGAUAGCUGAUGUUUCCAACUCUGAUAAGAUUGUUGUCGAGAAAUCCACUGUCCCAGUGAGAACAGCUGAGGCAAUUGGGAAAAUUCUAAGUCAAAACAGUAAAAGCAAGGGUAUCAAGUACGAAAUUCUGUCAAAUCCCGAGUUUCUCUCUGAGGGAACGGCUAUUCAAGACCUUCUGAACCCUGACCGGGUUCUUAUUGGAGGGAACCAAGACCCUCAAGGUUUAGAUGCAAUCCAAAAGUUGAAGGACAUAUACGCUUAUUGGGUGCCUCAAGACAGAAUCGUAACAACAAACUUGUGGUCGGCAGAACUGUCCAAGUUAGCUGACAAUGCCUUCUUAGCUCAAAGGAUUUCAUCUAUCAAUGCUAUGUCUGCUUUAUGUGAAGCCACCGGGGCCGAAGUCUCACAAGUUUCUCUUGCUCUCGGCAAAAACACCAAAAUUGGGCCAAAGUUCCUCAAUGCCAGUGUUGGUUUUGGUGGUUCUUGCUUUCAAAAGGACAUACUCAACUUGGUGUAUAUAUGUGAGAGCAAUGGCCUCACCGAAGUGGGAAAUUACUGGAAAGAAGUGAUCAAGGUGAAUGAGUACCAAAAGAGUAGGUUUGUGCACAGGGUUGUGAGUUCAAUGUUCAACACAAUUUCUGGUAAGAAGAUUGCAAUUCUGGGAUUUGCCUUCAAGAAGGACACGAGUGACACAAGGAAAAGUCCUGCAAUUGAUGUUUGCAAAGGUCUUUUGGGAGAUAACGCGUGUUUGAGCAUCUAUGAUCCACGCGUUAAUGAGAAUCAGAUUGAAAAGGACCUUUGUAUGAAUGGUGUUGAAUGGGAGCACCCAAUGGUUAAUGUUGUUGGAGAUGCUUAUGAGGCAACUAGAGAUGCUCACGGACUGUGCAUUCUUACAGAGUGGGAUGAGUUCAAGACAAUUGACUAUCAAAGAGUGUACCAGAACAUGGAGAAACCAGCUUUUGUGUUUGAUGGUAGAAACAUCUUGGAUGUUCACAAGUUAAGGGAAAUUGGAUUCAUUGUUUACUCAAUUGGGAAGCCUUUAGACCCAUGGCUCAUGAACAUCAACGUCAUGAAUUGAGCAAGACCAUGUUGUCUUUGCUCUCAUUUCACCAUUUCAUGCUUUUUUUUUCCUUAUAUGUAAGAUAUGAAAUUUGUCUGUCUUCUUCGGUGUUGCAGAAUAAUUUGUAUACAUAACUAAGAAUAUGA